AUGCUCGUUGAUAGUCGUGCGACCAUGGAGCCGAGUACGCGAGCACAGCCCUGUGUGUCGUCUUUGGAGUCGCUGUCAGCGCUGCGGGUUUUGCUCGUGGGCGCCGGCGGCAUCGGUUGCGAGCUCGCCCACGGUCUCGUCCAGCUCGGGGUGGGCUGUCUUCAUCUCGUUGAUCUGGACCGGGUGGAUGCCUCGAACCUGAACCGGCAGUUUUUGUUCCGGCGUUCGGACAUUGGUCGGCUCAAAAGCGAGGCGGUGGUGGCGAACCUCGGCCGGACGCUGCCCGGCCAGGGACUCGAGUUGGUCGCUCACGCAGGUGAUGUUCGGGACACAACAAAGUUUUCAUGGAACUUUUUUCGCUCUUUUGAUGUUGUGCUGAAUGCGCUGGACAACCUGGAGGCUCGCCAACACGUGAACAAGAUGUGCAUAGCCACCCGGAGGCUCCUGAUCGACACUGGCAGUGCUGGUUACCUGGGUCAGGUCGUGCCCAUCCUGCCGGGGGUCAGUGAGUGCUACCAGUGCACACCCAAGUCGGGAACGCGUCAGUUUGCGGUUUGCACGAUCCGCUCCAAUCCCGAAAAACCAGCGCAUUGUGUUGCCUGGGCAAAACAUCUCUUCAACCAUCUUUUUGCACCAGAGUCAGCGGCUGAGUCCAUGCUCAGCGACUUGGACUGUCGAUGGGACGGUCAGGAGACACCUGCGGCGUAUACUGUUCGGUUAUUGAGGUUCUUAUUCGUGGAAGAGGUGACACGACAAGCCGCGAUACGGCAGGAGGCGGGUGAACAACGACGACCUCGACCAUUGGAGGGCGCGCUGCUCGACGACCUCGAGACGCUGACUCAACAGCAACAGCAGCAGCAACAGCAACAGCAACAGCAGCAGCGCCUAGAGGCACUAGAUGAGCGAUUUGCGCAGCAGACCAGUGCCUGGGAUGUCUCUACGUGUUUAGCGGUUCUCAAUGAGGUGGUUCCGCGACUAUGUAGCUGCUCGAAACCUCGCACCUUUGAUAAGGAUGAUGCUGAGGCGUUGGCGUUCGUCACAGCCAUGAGCAACUUACGCGCACACUGCUAUCGGGUAGAGCCGCUGCAGAGCCCUUUCGAAGUCAAAGGUAUUGCCGGUGGAAUCGUACACGCGAUCGCUGCCACGAAUGCUAUGGUGGCUGGGCUAGCACUCACGGAGCUCUGCAAAUGGCACCAACUGGUGCAGCGGACAGAUAACGCCACUGACUUGAAACGCGCGCGAAGUGUACUCCGCUGCGUCUUUGUGCUGCGAACACCAACCCCAUCCCGAAGUCGCUCUGAAUCCGUGCUGCUGCUGCCAGAAGCGCUCGCAGCGCCCAACAAAGAUUGUUCCAUAUGCUCCCGCGGCAAAUUAGCCAUCGCGUUGACCAGCGCCCUAACGCAGGUUACGCUCGGGCAAUUCAUACGCGAGUGCUUGCACGGUCAGCUUGGUAUCGGUACAGAAGCCGCGCUUCUGAUUGGCCUCUGUACACGAGACGCGCGCGGUGAACCCUGCGUUGCGCUUUUGUAUGAGGACCCGGACCCUGCGGAUGCGAUCACCGCACUGGCGAACGGCGACUCGCCUAAAGAUAUCGGCAACAACAACGACGAUGACGAUGAUGAUGAAGACGAGCGAUGCUUAUGGCGUGCAAACUGCGAGAGAUCUCUGGCGUCGCUUGGAGUCGAAGCAUCGGCGGAGCUGCAGAUCGAUGCCGUCCAAAGAAAAGAAGAACAUGGGACGCAGUUUCAGCGACUGCGUUUCGAUGUGUAUCUGGUGCCCGGCACUGAGAACACUGCUGCGACAGAAACAAACUGGCGCAUCCUCGAAGGCAGCAGCAUCGGUGAGUGGGAAACCCUUCCUCUGCCGUCGUCAAAUGAUCCGGAUAAUGAGCGCGAUGAGAAUAAGAGCAGCAGACCGGACUCGGAAGUUGACCUCAUCGAAAUCGACGCAACUGACUCGGAAACAAUGGCUCCCGCUGAGGAUGCUGCCGAAGCCUCCAUUCCGCGAAAGCGGUAUCGAGCGUCGACCGAAUCCCCCGACGCGGAUACCGUGCUGCUCAUUGACCCGUGA